AAAGACUCAUAGUCUAACUCAUAGCACUAAUAUUAAUUAUAAAACAUAAAUAUGUGGUGUACCUAAAAUGAUAAUUGAUGAGGGAUAAAAGCUAAUUUUUUCCUGAUUAGAUUAAAAUAAAUUAAAGUAAUUUCUAACAUUCCACAAUUCAUGAAACAUUUAAUAAUAAACAUGUCUCGAUUCUCUGUUCCAAAGCAUGUUCAAAACCUUUUGACAGGUACUGGAUAUUUUUAUAUAUCUGUCAAACAUAUAUGUGUGUGUGUGUGGGAUGAUAAUCUGUUAGUGGAAGAGCGUUCAGAUGUUAAUCUCACACAGGAAGUGAGCUGAGAAACCACAGGAGCGAAAAAGUGACCUUGCUGCUGCUGCUGCUGCUGUUUUACACACGCACAUACACACACACACAUUCUGGCCUACACAUCCUCUACACAGUGAAACCUGUUCUCGCUCUCAGUCUCCUCACACAAAGAAACUCAGUCUUGCUGAGUGUAAACGUCUCCAUCCCACCAGUAAAACGUUGUAUUUUCUUGAAGCUGAAAAUUGUCCCUCAAUGGACGACAUUCAAAAAUAAAGUCGACUGCGUCAGUCGAAAAUGGGUUACUGAAAAUUAAUCCAGGUCACUGUGUGUGUUUGCAUGUGUGUGUCAAAUGCAGAGUGCACAUCGAAAUGUGUCUCCUUUGAACAUGGAUCGUUGGAACAGAGGAGGCGGGAUCAAACAAAGAUCUGAUCACAAUGAUGACUCAGAUGAAGGAGACUACCACGAGCCACAGGAACCCAUAAUGCGCUUUCCCAGACCAAGCCCGUCACCUUCAGAGUAUGCAGACAAACGUACUGUGAGAGAACGGCCUUUUCUUAGCGGAGCCAAUGAUUUGAAGAACAUUUUGGACAUUCCUCCACGACUGCCGAAGAGGCCCUCAGGAAGCGCAGCACCGAUUGUAAACCGCGAUCUAAAACCAGGGAGACAGGGGAAGGUCACAUCAGAGCAAAGAUCCCAGACGUUAGGAUCUAGUGAACCGACUACAAAGAUCCCACCGAGGCCAGUGAAAUCACUUCCACGUGACUAUUUUGAUCACGAUGCUCCUCCAUCCAGAUCUCCACCGUGUGCUCCAGUGCGCACAUCACACAUACACACACGUACUGCAGCAGACAGUGGUGCGAGUCUGACAGAGGACGACAGUGUGAAUAACAGCAGACUAACAGGUCACCGAAGUGGCUCCAGUCACAGACAUUCGCUGGAUCUGGAGUCACAUGACCAGGACCGAAGAUACUUGGCAGAAGGGGCCGCUGUACGAGUCACACAGAUGCAUCAUGAGUGGCCGCAGGUUAAAGCAGACACAGAGCAGGCCAGCUACACAGGACACAGCAAACCAGUAGAGACAUCUGCUGAGCAGGAAUGGUAUGUAGGAGGCUUUAGUAGAGUGGAAGCAGAACAUGCACUUCAUCUGGUGAACAGGGAGGGAGCUUUUCUAGUGCGUGACUGCUCCAGGAACACUAAACAGGAGCCAUACGUCCUGGCCGUAUUUUACGACAACCGCGUCUUUAAUGUGCAGAUUCGUUUUUGUAAUGAGACCUGCAAGUACACACUGGGAACCAGAAUCAGGACUGAUGAUGCGUUUGACUCAGUGGCUGAAAUCAUCAAAUUCCACUCCAUAUUUCCCAUCUUGCUUAUUGAUGGACGAAACCCGUCAGCUGUGUCCAGUCACAAGAGACAGUGUGUCCUCAUGUAUCCUGUCACAGCAGAGGACAUGAGGCGACUGCUGAGCUAAACAACUAAAUAAUAAAUGACAAAACAAAAUGCCAUAAUGAGGAACUGGAUAUGCUCCAUCUCUAUAAAAUUAAAAAAAAAAAAAAAACACACUGGAGUUUAAAAAAAUACACACCCACCUGCACACAUUACAUAAAUAUUGUAGAUGUAGUGAAAGUUAAGCAAAGUGAGGAAAGUUUCUAGAGAAACAAGCAAUGUCCUUCUAAACAUAAAACUGGUUUAACCUCCUACAGCUUCAGAGGUAAUUUCUUGAAAAGCUGAUGAAGGAACUUUAUCCCCAAAAAACAUAUUGUUUCUCUGGACACCUUUGUACUAUGCAUAACUUUUACUGAAGUACAUUGCAGUUACUUCCUGGAUUCUUCUUUUACAUGCAUAUUUUACAAACCUCUUGGAAGUUUAAAAGCGUUAUUUUCAUGACUGAAGUGACUUGAAUGAAAUGAAUGAAAGAGACAUGUAUUAGAUAGAAAGAAAGAAAGAAAAAGAAAAUGAUUAAGUGAUGCUGCUGAUUGGUUAGCUGCUGUAACUCCCAUUAUGAUGUCACUCUGCUGACAUUCCCCACAAUGCAUUUCAAUGGGAAGGACUCUCCCAUUAAGAAAUAUUCAAUAAAUAUAUUGAAAACAAAAUCCCACAGUAAGACCUUUGUGGGAGGAGAAGCAGCAGUAGGAGAGCUUUAAGGAACAAGAGCACUGUGUAAUGAAAUACUGCAUUGAACUCACCAGAUGACCAAAAAAGAAACAAGACAAAAGGGCCAUUAGAAUCACAACAAACCCUUCCACAUGUUUGAAGCAGCUGUACAUCUGCCAGGAAUUUUACCCAAGGGCACACUGAACUGACACUCAGUGAGGAUGAUGAUGAUGAUGACAACAGCCCAAAGAUCACAGGUUUAGAACUGUAGUUUAGUUGAUUCUUGUGGUUGUACAGUAACAACUGUUAAACACCACUGUCAUAAUAACAAGCUGUCUGCAAGCAAGAUAGAAGCACUUCCUGAGAGCAUUUCACAAAAAUGCAACUCCUGAACUUCACCAAGUGUCAUUACAACUACAGCUGUCAUUGUGUAUCUGUGGUCUGAUUAGCAUGUUUGGCAAGAAAAGGGAGUAUACAGUCAGGUCCAGAAGUAUUUGGACAAUGAUGGAGUUUUUGUGAUUUUGCCUUUAUACACCACCACAAUGGAUCUGAAAUAAAACAAUCAAGAUGUGAUCGAAGUGUAGACUUUCAGCUUUAUUUUAAGAGGUUCCACAAAAAUAUGGCAUUUACCAUUUAGGAAUUACAGCCAUUUCAAGCAAAGUACUUCCAUUUUCAGAGGCUCAAAGGUAUUUGGACAAUUGACUGACAAGAAGGUUAUUGACCAGGUGCGCUCCAUUCCCUUGUUACUUCAAGACAAAUGAAGCAUCUAAAAGGUCUGGAGUUGAUAUCAGGUAUUGAGUUGGCAUUUGGCAGCUGUUUGACUGGAGCUACCAAUAUAAAGUCCAAGGAGAUCUCAAUGCAAGUGAAGGAGGCUAUCACUAGGCUGAAAAAACAACAUAAAUCUAUAAGAAAGAAAAGGCAAAACCUCUGGUGUGGCCAAAUCAACAGUUGGGUACAUUCUUAAAGAGAAAGAAAGCACUGGUGAGUUCAACAACAUCAAAAGGCCUGGAAGACCACAGAAGACAACUAAAGUGGAUGAUUGCAGAAUCCUUUCCUUGGUGAAGAAAAACCCCUUCACAACAACAACAGAAGCCAAGAAUAGUCUGGAGAAGGUAGGCGUAUCAUUGUCAAAAUCUACAAUCAAGAGACGUCUUUAUGAAUGUAAAUACAGAGGGUUUACAACAAGGUGCAAACCACUGGUAACAUUCAAGAACAUGAAAGCCAGAUUAGACUUUGCCAGCAAACAUCUAAAAAAAAAAGCCUCCCAUGUUCUGUAAUAAGAUUCUUUGGAUUGAUGAAACCAAGAUUAACUUGGUUGCUUUUCACUUCCUGAAGACAAGACUGAAGGCAGAAAGACCCACAAACAAGCAGCAACUGAAGGUGGCUGCAGUGGAGGCCUGGCAAAGCAUCUCCAGGGAAGAAACUCAGAAUUUGAGUUUUGAGAACAUGGGCUCCAGACUGCAGGCAGUCAUUGACUGCAAAGGUUUUUCAUCCAAGUAUUAAAAUUAUGGUUAUAUUUACAAUGAGUUUACAAGGAAAAUUACUUGACAUCCACCAUAAAAUAUGGAAGAGAUUCAGUGAUGCUUUGUGCCAGUUUUGUGGCUGGUGGUUCAAGGGCUCUUGUAAUGAUUUAUGGCAUCAUGGAUCACAUUAACAACGCUUAGCACCAGUCAUAAGAAUGUAGUAAUGUCCACAAACAGCAGGUACAUUUGUAUUUUUCUAACUACAUUAUAAGCAAUCCGGUUAGUAAAGAUCAUACUCCGCUUACAUUAUGAAGUCAGAAUCUUUAUGUAAUUUGUAUUGUAUUCAUGUACAAGGUUGGAAUAUAAAAGCAUAAACAGUUCACAUUGUAUAUACAUUUAUAUAUUAAUGAGCAAAUGCAGGAAUCAGUUUAUUAUCCCCUUAAACUGUACAUGCUGGAUUUUACACAGAAACACUCAGUCAUGCUGCAUGUUGUAACACUUGUGUACUUGUCAUAAAUUUUCAAAUUAUGGUAAUUUCCAUAUUUUAUUAAUGCUUUUACAUUAUUUUACAAAAUAUUUAUAAAAAUUGCUACAUGGUUACCAGUGUGUUUUUCAAUGGACAGCAUUUUAUCAGUAAACAAACCUUGGCAACCAUCUCAGUUCAUUUUUAUAUGAUUUAAUUGUGGUAAUUAAAAUAAUAGAAAUAGCAAAAGACCAAAAUAGCAAAAGACCAAAAAAAAGCAAAACUUUAUAUUUCAUGUUUUAAAUAAUUAUUCUUUUAUAAUCAAUUAGUUUUUUUUUUAAGGUUUUAUUCCAUACUACAAAGAAUUGGGAUAGAAAAGUGCUCUAUUAACAAAAAUCAAGCAAAUGUCUUACCAUUACAGUCUACUGUUUUAUCAACUUCCUGCAUCUAGGCUGUGGUCACGUUACAAAGCUUAACGUAAAAGUUUCAGUUCUUUCCUUUUCUAGAAAAGAGUUCUUUCUUUUUUGCCAUUUAUGACAUCUAUGCCAUCAGCGUCAACUCUGAUGGACCCUUGUGUACAAUAAAUAAUGUCAUGUGUGUGACGAACAACAUAAAAUUAGUGUUUGUUUUGUAUUUGCAUUAGUGUUAUAUUUUGUCAGGUUCAUCUGUAUUAAUGCCUCAUCUCACCAAACAUCAAGCAAUUCUGCUAGU